UUGAGCUAAGGUAUCACAGAUGGUCGCCUCAUCAAUGGACAUAUACUCUUUAAAACCGUUUUUAAACGUGGUAAAUCUGAUUUAAUGUGUAAUGUGAGCUGUUAACUUUCGCCUCGUAAAGUAGAACAGAUAAAAACGGGAAACCUAUGGAUUUUUGUAUCAAGCAUAUCUCCAUUAUAAGAAAGCUAAGUUGCUAAUUUAGCUUCGAAAACGGAGAAAUUGCAUUUCAGUUAAAGCCGUCAAACGAGCUUUUAGAGUGAGUUUGUCGUUAAAGUUAUAGAGAAUUAUGUCUGUUUGGAUAUCUCCUAUCUGGCUUUUGAAGCCAGUCCAAGAAUAGCGUCUCCUUUGUUUCCUAUCGCAUCGCUGUAUUGAUUGAUUGACUGAAAAGAUCGACAAACCACAGAGAAACAUGGAAGAAAGUGCCGAAAAUGUAGAUAACGACGACAUUGUUAUCAUAGUGGAGAAUGAGGCUGAAAGUUUGCCUGCGGAGGAAGAAAGGCUGAAAGGUACAUUCGGGCUCAUGGACACUUGCCCCAUCUGUAAGUUGAGCUUUCACAAUAGAGAGCCCAAACUCCUGCCGUGUCUCCACUCCUUCUGCAAGAGGUGUCUGCCUGCUCCCUUCAAGAGUGCUGAACCGAGGCGGGACUCCCAAGGACAACCCGACAACAAACCACUGGGCGCCAUUCGAUGCCCAGUAUGCAGACAAGAAUGCUGGGAGAUGGAUGUGCUGGAUAAUUUCUUUGUGAAAGACUCUGCAGAGGUGCCAAGCAGCACCGUGGAGAAAACCAGCCAGGUGUGUAUGAGUUGCGAAGACAACACAGAGGCAACCGGAUACUGCGUAGAGUGUGUGGAGUUUCUGUGUGUGACAUGUAUUGAGGCGCAUCAGAGAGUGAAGUUCACAAGGGAUCACACCAUACGCCAGAAGGAAGAGAUGUCUCCAGAAGCGCUUGGUAUUUCCACGCAGAAGCCCGUAUUUUGUGACAUCCACAAGCAGGAAGCACUCAAGUUGUUUUGUGAGACAUGUGACCGACUCACCUGUCGAGACUGUCAGCUGCUGAAGCACAAGGAUCACAAUUACCAGUUUUUGGAGGAUGCAUACCGAAAUCACAGGCAGUACUUGGAGAACAUGACGCAGCAGCUGCAGGAAAAGAAAAAGGCUAUAGAGGAUGUGUCCAGCUGUAUUGGAAAUGGACUCCAGCAGGUGGAAGAAAACCGUAAGACUGUUACAAAUGAAAUAAAAAAGUCCAUCUGUAACCUGAUUAUGGAGAUCAACAGGAAAGGAAAGAUUCUCAUUAACCAGCUUGAGGCUCUGACCAAGGACCACGAGACAGGUUUAAAAAAGCAGCAAGAGGACGUGAACUCCCUGAACAGGCACCUUGACCACGUCAUCAACUUUACCAAAUGGGCCACAGCCAGUCACAGUGGGACGGCCCUCCUGUACUGCAAGAGACUGAUACUUUUUCAGAUCCAUUACCUGAUGAGAGCGAGCUGUAAUCCCUCGAUCGUCCCACAGAGUACCGUUAGAUUCCAGUGUCGCUCUGGUUUCUGGGCCACAAAUGUGGACCUGGGUACUCUGGUAGUAGAAAGAGGUCCUGGCCGACCGCCCAUCACCAACCACCAGGCAGGUCCCAGAGCAGAAGCACCCACAGGAGGCCUCACAGCAGCCCAGCAGCGACAGAGCACGCUGGCUCAGCUCCAGAUGCAGGUUGAAAAGCUUUCCCAGCAUCCCCACAGGCAGCCUGCUCCAAACCACUGGUCCUGGUACCAACAUACCCAGCUCCAAGGACCCCCAGGCCCUCCGCCCCCAACCAGACCCAUCCAUGGUGGAAGCUCCCCUUCCCAAGGCCCGCCCAGUUUGAUGCAGCCAGGACGUAGAUAUGGAAACUCCAACCCCAACCCUAGAAGCCCCACAGCAUCCAUGAUCCAUAACACCAGAUUCCAGCCAGUCCAGUCUCUGAGAGAAUUGACCCAUAACCCCAGCUAUCCUGCUAAACUCACGGAUAUGUUGCAGGGUACGUCCCGUUACCCACAGCCUCUGUCCGCUGGAGCAGCGACACAGACCUCACUGCAUCAGCGUGGCCCACUGGAGACAGGCUACCUGAAGAGGAGUGAGCCAGGUGGAUCUGUCCCCUCCAUCACCAUUUCUAUCCCCAAACCUAGCCUCCCUUCAACGCUGACUUCAGCCACUGCAGACAAACCAAGCAUACUGAAUCAAGUAACAGUUCAAGCAAGGCAGAACUCCCCGAUGGCCAAGCCGACUUCUUCAGACAGAAGCACAGGGAUGUCUUCCUGGAAGCCAGCGUCAGAGCCCCUGUCUGCACCAUCAGCAAAGCGACGAAGAAGGUCGUCCCCUGGGCCGGUCAUUGUCAUCAAGGAUGAACCAGAAGACGAGGAUGAAGUUCACUUUGUGCAGUCAAGUGUCAAGUCCAGCCUUCCGGACAGCAGCACCGGGGCUCAGUCCAAGCCCCGGCAGCAGCCGAAGGCUCCCGCUCCAGUGACUGUCGCUGUCUCAGAGUCUAAAUCUGGGAAAGAACAGAACCCCGUGCCUGCAGUGCAGCCUGAGUCUGAGAAAACAGCAGAGCCAGAAGAAGAUCCAAACGAGGACUGGUGCGCCGUCUGUCAGAAUGGAGGGGAGCUGCUGUGCUGUGACAAAUGUCCCAAAGUUUUUCACCUGGCGUGCCACAUUCCCACUCUGAAUGAGUCCCCCAGUGGUGAGUGGUUCUGUUCAUUCUGCAGAGACAUUGUCUCUCCCGAGAUGCAGUACGACUCUGACAGAAAGGAAGAAAGUGAAGGAUUCCCAUUCGUUGAUCGAAGGCGGUGUGAGAGGUUGCUUCUACGUCUGUUCUGCAACGACUUCAGCACCGAUUUCCAGCAGCCUGCUUCUCCGUCUGAGACAAAAAGAUACAAAGAGCUGAUCCAGACACCGAUGGACUUGUCUAUAGUGAAGAAAAAGCUGGAGUCAAAGUCAAAGGAAGAAAGCUACAGCAGUCCAGAGGGGUUUGUCGCAGACAUCAGGCUCAUAUUUACCAACUGUGCAAAAUACUACAAGGCGACCUCAGAAGUGGGAAGUGCAGGCUUAUACCUGGAAGACUACUUCGAGGAACAGUUGAAACAAGUGUACCCCGAUAAGCUCUUCCCUGGAGGGAGGGAGGAGCAGAUGAUCCCUCCUCUGGAGGACGAGAUAGAUGAGGAAGAGGAAGAGAUGAUGGGGGAAGGUAUGGCUCCCGUUGAAGAUGAUAAACCACAGAGUCCUGCAGGGGAAGGCAUCCCCCCUGUGGAGGAGGACUUACCUCCAUUAGAGGAAGAAGCAUCUGCUGCAGUGGAGAAAGAAACGUCAGGAACGGAGGAGAAGGAAACUGAUAAGAGUGAAAAAGAGACAGAUAAAGAGGCGGAAGCAGCAGAUGAAGCUGUGCCUCCUGCUGAAGAGUCAAAGCAGGAAGCGGAAAGUCCAGAAGAAGAGGGAAAAAGCUCUUCAGCUGCUGAAAGUGAGACAAAGGAUGGAGAAGCUCCCAGCUCCCCGAAAGAGGAGAAUCCUCAACCCCCAAUGGAAAAGACUGCAGAUCCACCUGAAAGCCAGGCGGAGGAGCCGGCUCCUGCAGAGGACGCCCCUGCAGAGACCGCCCCAGAGAAGGAGGGAUAAAUGGAAUAUGGUAGACAGAAACUGUUAAAAGAUGAAUGAUUUCAGUCUUCCACAGAAGCAGCCCCAGUGGGGCCCUGCAACUGCUGCAAUCAGACACAUUAUUGUUAUAUUUGCAAUAGAAAGAAGGGGCACUGCUACACUUAAUAGACUCAUUUAGGAGUGGUCUUGCUGUAGCUGCACCAUGAAUGGAGCAAAACUCUUUCUGUGAAGAGGUUAUCUGUGACAUAUAAAGGGUAUUUUCUGUGACGAUGACUCUCAGAAGCACACAAAAAGAACUGUUGAUUGGAUUGUGCAUCAUCUUUUAUCUUAUCAUAUGUGCACAUAACGCCAAGAA